AAAUAAGGUGUAUUAGAUAUAUUGAUAUAAAUAAUAAAUAUAUAUCUAUAUCUGUGUUAUGAUCUAAGGUUUUAUUACACCUUGUACAAGACCGUGAUUCGUGGUGAUUACGAAUUAUUUAGUAUUUACGAUUAUGGAUUAGUGACGAUAAGUGAUAACGAAUUAAUGAAUAAUGUAUAUUAUAAUUUAUAAAUUUAAAGUAGAAAACAGAUUUUCGAAAUACUGAAUAUUUUGCUGCCAAUUGCCAUGAAUGAGAUCGAUCAUAAUUUUUAAUAAUAACAAUGUCGAUAUUUCAAUAAUAAUAUAAAUGUUCCACAAGUCGUGCUAACAAGACUGUUUUUUUUUUUUUUUGGUGCUCCAUUUAAUUCACUAUAAUUAUUAUUGUUUUCUAAAUUCGGGCCAUCACCUACAGAUCUGUUUUUGAAAAUGGAUGAUAUAUUUACAUUAUCCAGAACGGUGUGCAAAGGUGUUAUGGACAGUUUCAAAGGUGUCACUGUAUUGUUCAUGCAAAACAAGCGGUCAAAGAAAGUUGGCAGACCAGUAAACUUACCAAAAGAUCAAAAAAUGUUACAACGAAUAAUUCAAUGCUGUACAUUAAAUGGUGGCAUAUUUUGUUUAAGUAUAGUUAUUUUUGAAUAUGUUAUUCUACCUUCUUUAGGCUAUAUAAUGUCAUUUACAUUUGGAAAUUUUAACGAAAAUAUUUGGUUAUGGACCCGAUCACUAUUGUCAUGGACAUUUGGAGCUGUAUGGGUCUUACCAAUAUUUUUGCUGAGCAAAAUAAUUAACAGUCUAUGGUUUCAAGAUAUCGCAGACAUAGCGUAUAAACAAAAAAAAGGUGAUCCACAACAGUUGACACGGAUUAGUAAAGUGAUAGCUGAUUUUUCGUUCAGUAUAGUUGUCCAGUUCUUAUUUCUCAUUCAAAGUUAUUUAGUAAGUAUGGUGCCAUCAACAAUUCUGAGCAAUAUUCUUAGUAUUUUGCAUUUAUCAUUGCUUUAUUCACUUUACUCAUUUGAAUAUAAAUGGUGCAAUAUGGGCAUGGAGCUAAACUCAAGGUUAUCCAUUAUUGAAAACUGUUGGCCAUAUUUCCUUGGAUUUGGACUUCCACUAGCAGUUGUCACAUCUUUGCCAGAAUCGUAUAUUAUUAGUGGUUGUCUGUUUUCAAUUCUAUUUCCCGUGUUCAUUAUCAGUGCUAAUGAAGUCAGUCCAUCUAAAAUUAAAAUAUUUAGAUUGAAACUAUUUGCACCGGUUCUAUCCAUAACUAGUACCAUAUUCAAUCGAUCCAUUGGUCCAUCUAUAAAAUCUUCAAUAAGUACUGCAUCUAAAGCUCAAAAAAUGCAUAAAUGAAUAAACAUUAUGUGCUACAUAUUAUGUUUAAACGUAUUAUAUAUAUUUUUUAAUACCUUUUUAAUUACAAUUUUUGUGGAUAUUGAUACUUUUUUAAUAUUUGAGGCUGUGUAACUAAAAAUAUAUUAAAAUGUAAAUGGUUAAUAUAUAAUUUAAAUAUGUACUUGAUGUUCUGGGGAAUAAACUUGUGCAUUUAUUUUGUGAUUAAAUUUAUUUUAAAGCCAAGUUAUAAAUUUAAUUGAAUAAAAAUCGUAACUAACAGACUUUAAUAACAUUAUAUAAUAUUUUGUUUAUAUAUGACUAAUGAAAUAAAAUAAACAUUUAUAUA